CUCCUCCUCCGCUGCCUUGCAUGUCAUAUUGCCUCUCCGCUUAACGCCCUACCACGAAGAGGUACAUUUAUCAUCAUCUUCGUUGCGCCCGUCUCUUUUCGCUGUCUACGCUAUGGAUACAUCUGAAACCAAAUGCAAAAUGGAAGAUGAAGCGCAACAGUUUAAAGCAGAGCCUGAGGAGUCCAAGUCUGCACUGUCGGAAACAGCAAGGUUAGUCAAAGCGGAGCCUCAAGAGAACAAAUCCGGGGUCGACGACCAGAAGCCCCUGAAAUCGACGGAAAACGUCGAAGCUCAGCAAGACAAUAUGGCUAGCUGGGUUAAGCGAGAGGUGUCUCAGGGAUUACAUGCCGAUCAGGAGUCUAAGAACCAAAUGAAGGAAGAACAGAAGGGCGGAGAGGGAGAAGACGAGGAGGACGAAAGUAAGGAUGAUGAGGAAGAGGACGAGGGCUCGGUUGACAACCCCAGCAUUGACAUUCGGUCGGACUUCCAAGACGCGCUUUCAGGCUCUCUCGGCUUCACCGGAUCCUUCUACGUAUCAAAGCCCGCCCCGAAUGCGCCGAAUCCAGCUUUGCAGCUCGCAGACCUCGGUCCGAUUGGCUUACCUCUCAGCCAGAGAGAAGCGAAGGUGAUAGCCUCUCGAUGCAUCCAAGCGCCUUUCGGGAAAGCCGAGCGUACCGUGGUGGAUACCAAAGUGAGGGAUACUUGGGAAAUGGACGCAUCCCUGGUUCGCUUUGGGAACCCUGCUUGGCAGACUUACAUCCAGACCGUUAUCCGAGAUGUAUGCCAAACCCUAGGUGUCAAUUUCGCAGCCAGCAACCCAAAAUGUGAACUAUAUAAGCUUCUACUAUACGAGACCGGAUCUCAUUUCUUGCCGCAUAAGGAUACAGAGAAAGCACCAGGAAUGUUCGCCACCGUCGUGAUUGUGCUUCCCUCCCAAUUCACCGGUGGUGAAGUGCAUGUCUCACAUGGUAGCCUUUCAAAAGUCCUUGACUGCAGCGCGACAAGUGGAUACGAGACAACUAUCCUGUCCUGGUACACCGACGUGACGCACGAGGUAAAGCCCAUCACCAGCGGCUACCGGCUCGCAUUGGCAUACAAUCUCAUGCACACCACCACGGCCGUAGGACCCGCCCUGCCGUCCACUGACGCAACCGCAGACAGCCUCAGACAUAUUCUGCGUUCGUGGAAGCAUAACCAGAAGAACGAAGACAAAGCAUCAGCGCCGAGCAAGCUCGUAUAUCUCCUUGAGCAUAGGUACGGCCAGGAGGGCCUCAAGGGGAGCUCGCUGAAGGGCAAAGACGCGCAUAUACUCUCCCUCCUGAACCGCCUGGCGGAGGAGCAAGGCUUCCAUAUAGGUUUGGCUAGUGUUGAGUGUCAUGUGACCGGAUGCGGGGAUGACUACGGCGGCGGGCGUUACGGC